AUGGCUUCAGAACUGCGGACUAUGUUCCCAUGUAACACAUGUUCUCUUACAUACACAACAAGUGCGCUCCAGCGUGCACACAUGCAACAGCCUUGGCAUGUGUGCAACCUCAAACGCAAGGUAGCUGGGUUACCAUCUAUGACCGAGCAAGAGUUCGAGGUGCAAGAAUGCAAGAGCGAAGAAGUCACACACCGACCAAGAAACAACGAUGAUACUAUGUUACGGAAGCCGCGGACAAUAUUGUACAACGACAACAUCAAGAAGGACAUCAAUUCCGAAGCCUACGUUGAAGGCAUACCUGAUGAUCAUUCCGAGAAGGCGCCUUCAACACAAUGUCUCUUCUGCCCUUUCCUCACUUCCACUUAUACAACAGCCCUAGAGCACAUGUCCACCCACCAUGGCCUCUUCAUCCCAUCGCUCUCAGCACUUUACUCCCUGGAUUCUCUGCUCUCAUACCUAGCAUUAACAGUCUUCGAAUACCACGAAUGUCUAUACUGCGGACAAGAGAAAGCCACUGUCGAAGCUGUGCAAACGCACAUGCGAGACAAGGGACACUGCAUGAUCGACAUGUCUGAACUCGGCGAUUUCUGGGAUUUCGAAGCAGAUCAAGAGAAUAAGGAUGGCCAGACAGGUACGACCAUUACAAGGCUCCCAAAGACGGAGAGACGUCUGCCAUCCAAAUUGAUCAUCAAUUCUCGACACAGUCGUGGUGAUGAGACAACAUCGAAACCUAUCAGGCGAAGACACGCGCAUUCACGGUACUUGUCCAACAAAACCGCUGCCAUCGCUCAAGCAGAGCACCAAGAUCAGGACACUCCAAUGAACUCAUCAUCAAGACAACUAGCUUUGAGAACCACUAACAAUGACCCUCAUCUCAUCGCCACCCCACGUACAGCACAAGGUCUCGCUGGUCUCUCGGACCACCAAAUCCUUGCACUUCAGAUGGUGGACAGGAAGAUGAAGAGUAGAGAAGAGAGUGCGAAGGCAAGAGUACGGUAUGCGGCACAACAACAGCCAGUGAAGGCUAUGUAUUAUAAGACGGAGAACCCAGUAUACCAGGCUGGAUGA